GGUGGAGCAAGAUGGCGGCGCCCAGUUGGUAGCGUGUUGCAGUGUAGCGAUUGCUAUUGGCAGGUGCGGUAUGGCGGGUCUCACGUUAUUUAUCCGGGGUCUUCCCAACGAUGCGAACACUGAGAGGCUGGAGCAGAUCUUCGGUGACAGCGGACCGAUCAGACAAUGCUUCGUGGUCAGAGACAGAGGUACAGAAAAAUGUCGUGGGUUUGGUUAUGUCACAUUUUCCAUGCUGGAAGAUGCCCAGCGAGCAAUGAAAGAAAUCAAGGAAUACGAUGGGAAGAGAAUUGAGGUCUUGGUUGCCAAAAAGAAGCUCACUGAUAAGGAUAAGAAAUCAAAAAGCAAAGAAACUGCUGACACCUCGGUGGAAAAGAAGCCUAAAGAUGGGAAAGGACAAUACAAGAAAGCAAGACUUAUCAUCCGAAACUUGAGUUUUAAGUGUUCUGAAGAAGAUCUCAAGAAGCAUUUUUCUGUUUUUGGAACGGUGCUGGAGCUGAACAUCCCAAAAAAGCCAGACGGGAAAAUGCGAGGCUUUGCCUUUGUGCAGUUUAAGAACAUGUUGGAAGCCAGCAAAGCACUGAAAGGCACAAAUAUGAAGAGUAUAAAAGAUCGGACGGUCGCUGUUGACUGGGCUGUAGCAAAAGAUAAAUAUACAGCUACCCAGGGAACAACUUCCAAUGAAACAAAGAAAAAUAGCAAACCAGAGGAGAGUGAUAAUGAUAAAGAAGAAGCAGAGUCCUCCGAAGAUGAAGGAAAAAAGUCAGUGAAGAAUGAAGGCAGUUCUGCAGAGCAGGAGGGUGAUGCAUCAAAUGAUGAAGACGACAGUGAGCAAGAAGAGCCAGAGGAGGAAAAGAAACCUCCUAAGGCAACAAGUAAAGUGCAGAAACUAAGAAUGGUCAGCAUUAGACACUACUGGGAGUGUCGGAUCCUGGCAUCUGCUACAGUAAGGGACCAGGCCUCUAGCAAGCUUAGACGAGGCAUCAUUUGGCAGGACAGAUCUGUUAAAAAAACUCACACCAAAAACAAGAGGAAUGACAGGGAGGACGAGGAGGAUAGUGAUGAUGAUGAUGAAGAUGAAGAAGAGGCAGAUGAUGAAGAGGCAGAUGACAAAUCUGCUGAUUCUGGGCAGGAGAGUGACAUGGAAGAUGAUCUGUCAGAGGACUCUGAUUCUGAGAGUAAGAAAAAAGAUAAGAGUGAGAAGAAAAGGAAAUUGCCAUGUGAUGUUGGUCAAGGAAGGACAUUGUUUAUCAGGAACCUGUCUUUUAACUCUGAGGAGGAAGACCUGGAGGAAUUGCUACUGAGAUUUGGAAAUAUAAAAUAUGUCCGCAUUGUGGUUCAUCCUGACACAGAGCACUCCAAAGGUUGUGCGUUCGUCCAGUUUGUGGAUAAAAAAGCUGCCGAGAAAUGCCUAGAUGCUGCCAAGGAUGAAUCUGAGGAUGGAGGGUUGCACCUUACUGGGAGGAAACUGAUGGUGGAUCUUGCUGUGAGCAGGGAGGAAGCUGGGAAACUACGUAAAGAGAAAGUAAAGAAACCCACAGGGACAAGAAAUCUGUAUUUGGCAAGAGAGGGAUUGAUUCGGGCAGGAACAAAAGCUGCUGACGGAUUGAGUGCAGAAGAUCUAGCUAAAAGAACUCGGUUUGAAGAGAUAAAACGCCAGAAGUUGAAGAGCCAGAACAUUUUUGUCUCAAAGACCCGUCUGUGUGUUCACAACAUUCCCAAAUCUGUGGAUGACAAAAAGUUACGCGAGUUUUUUCUGUCUGCUGCAGGUGGAGGUCGUUUUGUUAAAAUUAAAGAGUGUCGUGUUAUGCGAGAUAUGAAAGGUUUGGCUGGAAACCACAAGGGGCAGUCUCUAGGUUUCGCCUUUGUGGAGUUCAGUGAACAUGAACAUGCCUUAGCAGCUCUGAGGCAGGUCAACAAUAAUCCCGAAAUCUUUGGACCGAAAAAGAGACCAAUCGUGGAAUUCUCCCUCGAGGACCUGAAUAAAAUCAAGCUAAAGGAAAGGAGGGCUCAACGUAGUCUGGAGGUAUUGAGACAGAAGCAGGCAAAGGCACAAGCUGCGGGCAUCCCUCAGGCACAGCCAGCUCAGGGUAACUCAAAGAAGAAAAAGCAAAAGAGUGGUGAAAAAUCACCAGCUGCCGCUGGAGGGAAGGCAGAGCUGAAACAGAAGGUAAAAGCUGGAAAAAGUGCAGAGACUUCAUCUGGGGAGGCAACUGCCAAUAAAGCACAGCCAACUGACUCCACUACACAAAAAAACAUCAAAAGAAAACUGGCUGAUGACAGCAAAGACUUGGCAGGAAAAACACUGGAAGAGAAUGAACAGCCGUCACGACCUGUUACUUGGUCCGGAUUCCAAACGAAAGAGGAACUUGAACAACAAGAGCUUGAAGAUGGAAAGAAAAGGAGAAAGGUUUUACACAUGCCAUCCCAUACAGGACCUAAAAUAAGAGCACGUGACAAGGGUAAACUUCAGCUGUUGUCAAAGAAGCCAAAACCUCACCAGCAAAGCCGGAAUCAGCAAAGGUUAAAAGCAACUGAAAUGCGGGCACCUUCUCAGAAACAGCAGGCCCCUUCUAAGAAGCAGCAGCGCGGACGAAGCCAAGCAGAAACUCGAUUCAAUCAGCUGGUGGAACAAUAUAAGCGUAAGAUCCUUGGGAAGCCUAAUGCAUCUGCUCCCGUUAAAAGAAGCAAGUGGUUUGAAGACUGAGGAGGAUGAUGGGUCUCCUAAUGGACAUUGGCCUCUGUAUUUUUCUUUGUUCUAAUGGAUUUUACUCAUUCUUAGACUUCUGCCUUUACAGAAAGAAGAUAUGGGACACAUUUUUUAUUAACUGUCUAAAAGGGCAUGUUCUAAAAUAUCUUCGUAUUGU